AUGAAAGUUGCUGUGCUUGGCGCAACCGGUGCCACCGGUUCAUCUAUCAUAAAUGCUCUUCUUGAAGCGGGGAGUUUUUCCAUAACGGCACUUGUUCGACCAGGCUCACUCGCCAGACAAGCCAACCGCGAUCUGGAGGCCAAGGGCGUGACCAUUUUGUCUUUUGAUCUGUCAGCCCCUGUCGAGGAGUCGGCGCAGAAGCUUGAAGGCCAUGAUAUUCUUCUUGCAGCUAUUAGCAUUCCGGCCACGGCAGAGCAGAUUCCACUUGCCACAGUUGCGAAGGCUGCAGGAAUCAAGCGAUUCGUACCUUGCUUCUACGCACCUAUUGCUCCUCCCAAGGGUGUUGUCGCUCUCCGAGAUAUCGUGAGUUUUGUAGUGGGCAUUUUGAAAGAAGAUGUCUUGAACCACGUGAAGAAGAUUCAUUUACCCUAUACAGCCAUCGAUAUUGGCUGGUGGUUUCAAUUCACACUCCCUCGUUUGCCAUCCGGGCGGCUUGAUGCAUCAGUCAGCGGCCUGGUGAAUGUGAUCCCUGGGGAUGGCAAUGUCAUCUCAGCUUUCACUGACAACCGAGAUUUUGGCAAAUAUGUCGCACGCAUUAUUGCCGAUCCGCGGACCUUGAACAAGCUUGUAUUCGCCUUUUCUGAAAUGAAGACCCUCAACCAGAUUUACGACCUUCUGGAACGCCUCAGCGGCGAGAAAAUUCCUCGUGAAUAUGAUGGGCAUAAAAUUCUAGCCAAACUGGCAUCUUUGGGACCAGGUCCUAUUGAUCCAAACAGCGAAGAUUAUUUUACGCAGGCGGUUCAUCAGUAUUGGUACUCCUGGGCUGUGCGAGGUGACAACAAUGUUGAAUACGCACGUUACCUGGGAUAUCUUAUAGGCCAUGAGCUAUACCUAGACAUGAAGUUAACCUCGUUUGAGGACUACAUUCGGGAGCUAUUGGCAUCGUCGUAG